AAAAAUAAAAUAAAAUAAAAUUCUGAGACCAUGAAAAGUUGAAAACAAACCCAUCUCUCUCUCUCUCUCUUAAAUCUGCAGAGUCCUUUGUGGACGUAUACGCAUACGUUUAGGGAUCGCGUAGAUACUGUUUAAUCGGGCGGUGGCGGUGGGUCGGCUGGUCGGAUCGAAUGGCGGAGGACAAGUACAAUCGGAAGAACCCGGCGGUGAAGCGGAUCCUACAGGAGCUCAAGGAGAUGCAAUCUAAUCCGUCCGAUGAUUUCAUGAGUCUACCUCUCGAGGAGAACAUAUUUGAAUGGCAAUUUGCGAUCAGGGGACCCUGUGAUACUGAAUUCGAGGGUGGAAUCUAUCAUGGGCGGAUCCAGUUGCCUGCAGAAUACCCAUUUAAGCCGCCUUCAUUUAUGUUGCUGACUCCAAAUGGUCGAUUCGAAACCCAAACCAAGAUUUGCUUAAGCAUAUCGAAUCAUCAUCCUGAGCACUGGCAGCCAUCAUGGAGUGUACGGACUGCAUUAGUUGCACUAAUAGCAUUCAUGCCCACCAACCCAAAUGGUGCACUGGGCUCACUAGACUACAAGAAGGAAGAGAGGCAAGCUUUGGCGGUCAAGUCUCGUGAUGCACCCCCAAAAUUUGGGACUGCUGAACGUCUAAAGCUAAUUGAUGAGAUUCAUGAAUAUAUGCUAAGCAAGGCACCCCCUGUUCCUCAAGUCGGCUCCUCUCAGGCUCCCAAAGAGCAGCCUACAAACAGGGAGGGUGAAGCCCAGGAGGAUUCUCAAAAUGCUGGGGAGGAGCUUCAAAACCCACCAGUAGUUGACAGGAUUGUUGGAGAAGUGCAUGAGGACCCUGUACCUGUAAAUGCUGAUUCCAGCCCUGCUGGAGUUAGGGCAUCAAGGGAGAUUCCAUCCAGUGGCUCAAGUGAGCAGCUACUGCAAAAGCCAGAAAUGAGGGUUCAUAAAGCGGAUAGGUUGUUUACAUGGGCUGCUGUUGGACUCACCAUUGCAAUUGUUGUUCUUUUGCUGAAAAAGUUCAUGAAAUCUAGCGGACAUGGUGCUCUAUUCACGGACGGGUCUUAGAUAUGUGGUUGUUUUAAGUUGGCUUGACAAUUCAAGACGCCAUGCGGUAUAGUUAUUGGAAAGUAUACAUUUACUCAUUUAGUCAAGGUUUUCAUUUAAUUUGCAAAGUUUGCAUAUAUUAUAUAUAUUAUGGUUCACUCGAUAUAUAUAUUAAUAUAUAUCCGGUUGUUGUAACUAAUAAAACAGAUACGCAACCUGUUUGCAACUGUAAGAAUGGUCAUCCAUAUCUUGUAUCAUC